UUCCUUUUCUGUGUUGACGAAUAACUAUCAGUUAAAAUGCAGGAGGAAGAUCAAGUCUUGCAUGUAUGUGUACAGCAGGAAGAGACAAAAUGUUAUCUCUGUCCAUUUUGUAGCCAGUCUUUUCAAGAACGCUAUUUGUUGGAUGUCCAUACAACCUCAAAGCAUGAUUACGAUCACGAGAAUCAUACCUGUAGUUUUUGUGCCAAGUCAUUUGGAAGUGCUCGAAGUUAUGAGAGACAUGUGAAAGUAUGCAAUCUUCUUCAAAAUGCAACAAAAACGAUAUUUAAAUGUGACGUCUGCACCAUGGAAUUUGCUCAAAAUAGCGAGUUGCAGAAGCACGUCCUUGUUGAUCAUUCAGGAGUAGAUCAAAAUAUGUGUGGAACUUGUGGCAAAUCUUUCAUUGAUGAGGAAAGUCUAAUGACUCAUCUUCAAACACACAGAGAUUCAGCUCCUACUGAAGAACACAGUGAACCAACUUCCUUUAGUUGCCAAAGGUGCAAAGAAACAUUCAAAAAAGCAGAGGAGUUAAGGGAACAUGUCAAAACACAUGGAUCUGAAAAGCUUGUUUCUUUUCAUUGUCCGACUUGUAACAAAUCCUUCUUGAAUACAAACACUUUUCAGUUGCACAUUCAGUCUCAUGAGAAACCUCAAGUUGGGUUUAAUUGUGACAUUUGCAAAAAAGUGUUUAAAACGGACAAUAAAUUGCAAAAACAUAAAGUGUUACACAAGGAGGGAAACAGUUCUCUUUCCUGUCAAUUCUGCUCAGAGAACUUCACAAGUUUAAAAGAGUUCUCAAAGCAUAGAAAAACUCACACCAUGUGUCCCGUUUGUGGAAAGGCAUUUUCAAAAUAUGAAAAUCUGUUGAGCCAUAUUAGAAUUCACACUGGGGAAAAACCCUACUUGUGUCAAGUCUGUGGGAGAUCAUUCAAUCACUCGGCAAAUCAAAAACGGCACAUUCUGACACACACUGAUUAUAAACCUUACAAAUGUGAGAAAUGUGAGGAAGCGUUUUCUCUAAAAAGCGACCUUAAUAACCACAUAAAACUCCAUACAGGAGAGAAACCAUUUCAGUGUAAAAUUUGUCAGAAAGCCUUCAGUCAAAAGGGUGAUCUUCAACUGCAUUCUGAGGUACAUAACACUCAGUCUUACUCUUUUGUAUGGAAGACAUGUUAGUUUUUGUUAAGACAAGUUCAAUCUCGUUGAUUUCCAUAAUGAACAUGUUGAUUUUUUUAUAUUGGUCCAGUUCUGGUGUCCUACAAAGAAGUGGCAUUCUAGCUAGAAUUUGUUUUAAUUUAUUUUUUAAAAAACUUUUUGUGAAAAUACAAUAAAUGAAUUGUAUUUAU